AUGACCCUUGUGAAGUCAAUCCUAUCACAAGCUUGUUUUCUUAAUCGUCCUUGUCUUGCACAUCCCGUUUCUCCGCAAGACGAGAUCUCACUGUCUGAAUAUGGAGACGUUGAAUGUGAUGCAACGUAUGAUUGCCCUGAGAAUCGCUGUUUUACUAAACGUCAUAGAGAAAAUGCCGAAAGCAAAGAGGAAGGCUAUAUAAUUUUUGAAAAUGGUCGAAUGCCACUCUUGAUAGAAAAGUAUGAAGUGACAAUGAAUGAGAACGAUACACAGUUCGGUGUGGAAUACGGGCAGCAUCAG